AACUAAAAAAUUGUCAGAAAAUUGUAGUUUCAGGUUGGUUACCACAAGCAAGACCAAACAUAUUGCAGUUGAUCGUCUACCUAUGCGCGUUAGCAAUUUGUGUGGUAUGGUUUGUAGAGCGACAAACAUCCUAUGCAUUCAUUCUUCUUGACUUCAUCAAUGUAACGCUUUGCCUUCAUAUACUGAAGUCUUUGCGGUUACCAAAUGUGAUGUGGAUCACGGUACUGAUGAUCUGCAUGUUCAUCUACGAUGCAGUGAUGGUUUUCGUCACACCUUAUCUAACGAGUAGUGGCUGCUCCGUGAUGUUGGAAGUUGCCACAGGUAUUGGAUGCUCAUCAGAUGGAAAUGAUGGAUACCCAAUGCCUCCCAUCGAUGCGGCUCUACCAGAAAAGUUCCCUAUGCUGAUGCAAGUGCCUCGGUUUGAUCCUAUGAUAUCAUGUGUUGAUUUGACGAUUGAGAAAACCUUCCAAAUGACAAUUUUGGGGCUUGGAGAUAUAAUUAUUCCAGGCUACCUGGUCACUCACUGUUUCACUAUGAGUGGUUUUAAUGAGCGUUCACGCGUUAUGUAUGGUGUACUGUGCUCCUUCGGAUAUGGCUUAGGAUUGAUUGUAACCUUUAUCGCACUUUCAAUCAUGAGCAUGGCUCAACCUGCACUGAUAUACCUCGUGCCGUGUACCCUUUUGCCAAUAUUUAUAAUGGCUUGCAUAAAAGGUCAUUUUCGAUUGUUGUGGCAUGGCGCUGAAGAUUCUACAGAGUCAACUGCCAGCUUGCAACGAAAU